UUUAUAUAUUUUUUUCGCUUUUCUUGUACUAUCCAGAACCAUAUUAGUAGCUAUCUUUUUUUCUUCUCCUAUUUCCUCACUGGAUUGCCUCUGUGCUUUAAAAAAAAAUCUCCCCAUCACCCACUCCCCGGUUCCACGGAUAAGAAUUUACUAGAUUUUGGCCUCAUUUCCACCAUGAAUUACAUCCACAAGGCAGUGAAUGCAUUGCUACGUGGACUCGUCAUCUAUGCGGUACUGGGCUUGGAGAGCACUUACUCGAAUGAUCUACCCGGCCACACGUCUGAUGCCGCAAACGUAGCCGUCACAGACCCGUGUCUCACCGUGAUACCACCAUGCAUAGGUGAUGCCGACCGCUUCAGCCUGGAAGCCCUUCGCCACAUCCACAAGCAGCUGGAUGAUGACAACGACGGGGGAAUAGAGGUCAACGAGAGUGUGGAGUUUAUAAUAGAAGACAUGAAGCAGCAGCAAACCAACAAGCACAGCAACCUGCACCGAGAAGACCAGCACAUCACUGUGGAGGAACUCUGGAGGAGCUGGAAGAUCUCUGAAGUCCAUAACUGGACCACGGAGGACACGGUGCACUGGCUGAAGGACUCAGUGGAGCUGCCUCAGUAUGAGAAAAACUUCAGGGACUUCCGGGUCACAGGGAACACGUUACCAAGAAUAGCAGCAAAUGAACCGUUGUUUAUGUCAAUGCAGCUGAAGAUAUUAGACCAACGACAUAAACAAAAACUAAAUCUAAAGGCACUAGAUGCAGUGCUCUUUGGCCCCCCUCUCCGUCCACAGCAUAACUGGAUGAAAGACUUCAUCCUAAUGAUUUCCAUAGUGAUUGGUGUUGGGGGCUGCUGGUUUGCCUACGUGCAGAACAAGUCCAGCAGGGUGCACGUCUCUCAGAUGAUGAAGGAUCUGGAGAGCCUGCAAAAUGCUGAGCAGAGUCUACUUGAUAUGCAGAACCGGCUAGAAAAAGCUCAGGAAGAGAACCGGACGGUGGUUGUGGAGAAACAAAACCUUGAGGAGAAGAUGAGAGACGAGAUCACCGGAGCCAAAAAGGAGGCUCACAGGCUUCGAGAGCUACGUGAGGGCGCUGAAUGUGAGCUCAGCCGGCUCAAAUAUGCUGAGGAGGAGCUAGUACAGGUGCGAAAGGCUCUGAAGCGAGCAGAGAAGGAGAUGCUGUCAGAGCAGUCGGUGCCUGAAGCUCUCCAGAAGUGGCUCCAGCUCACACACGAGGUGGAAGUUCAAUACUACAAUAUCAAGAAACAGAGUGCUGAGUUUCAGCUCUGCGUCGCAAAGGACGAGGCAGAGAAAAUAAAAAAGAAGAGAAGUUCUGUUUUUGGAACUCUUCACGUAGCCCACAGUUCAUCACUGGACGAGGUGGACCACAAGAUACUAGAAGCCAAGAAAUCUCUCUCAGAGGUAACGGCAUGCCUGAGGGAGCGGCUGCACCGUUGGCAACAGAUCGAGAAGCUUUGCGGCUUCCCUGUUGUCAACAACUCUGGUCUGCCGAGCCUGACAGCAAGUCUCUACUCAGACCACAGCUGGGUGGUGAUGCCGCGAGUCUCGGUGCCUCCCUACCCUAUCGCAGGAGGAGUGGAUGACCUGGACGAGGAUACGCCUCCCAUCAUUCCACAGUUCACAACGACCACAUUGAUCCGGCCCUCGCUGACGCGCAGCAGCAGUCUGUGUCGUUCCCGCCGGAGCCUGAUGAGCUCCCCACAGUCCUCGCUGAUGUCUCCAGACCCCGACCUGCUGUCCAUGGCCAGCUCGUCCCUCUCCUAUCGCCCUGAGGCAGACGACGAACAUAUCAUGUUCAGCUUGGAUAGGAGGGGGUAUGUAGCGGUGGCCGGAACGCCGCGGAAUGGUUUUACAGUUUGGACUCACAGGGAAACCGCUCAGGAUGGCAGCUCUGACACAGAGUGUCUCAGCUCUUCCAUUGGCCGCAAGCAGCCGCACAACCCCUGCAUACCAGGUUCAGAGACGCCCUACCGCAAGAUCUCCCGCGAGGAGCUGCUGCUGUUCAGCCAGACUCCGGAGCUCCCUGCCUCCACCACCCACACCACCAGCAGCAGUAGCAGCAGCAGUCUCAGGGACUCCACGCCCCCUCCUCUGCCUCCCACUCCGGCCACCACCCCUUCCGGCCCACCCUCCACCUCGCCGUCCCCGGCAUUGGAGCACCACCAGUUUGCACACAGAGGCUCGCCUGACAUCACCCGCAUCAUACCAGAGUCCCAGAGCGCAACUUUCUCGCAGGGGCACGCCACCUCUCAGACGGGGAAGGGCAUGUACAACGGUAUGCUGGAGAAGUCCUACAGCUUUGGCCAGCUGCCCGCAAGCAUGCUGCCCAACGUGGGGCGUCACCCAUCUCUUACCUCCCUAGACUCGGAGGGCCGAAGUGUGGGGAGGGAACACAAGCUCCAAAGCACCUCUUCCCAAGACUCAAGCGACAAUGGAGAGAAAACCAAGCGCUCCUCCUCUAAAAUCAAAAGCCUAUUUAAAAAGAAAAAAUAAAACUUGCAGAGUGAGAUAGUGAGAGAAAAAAAUAAAAAUAUAAAGUUGUUUUAGCCCUAAUACUAUGUAAAAAUGGACAUCACUGUAAGCUAAAACAUUUCAUUAUCUCUUUUUUUUGUCUUCAGAGAUGGAAUGUAGCUCAGUCUGGGUGCCUUCAAACGUUUCCCAGAGUGGUAGCAUUAUUUUUCAAUAAUGCCAUUUUAUUUAGUUCACUCAGCCUCACAAGGAAACCUGCAAAGGUCAAGGAAGAGUCAAUGAAAGGUCAAAGGUCAUGCCAGCUGUCAUUCAGACAGCCAUAACGCAUGACAUGUUUACUGUCUUCUUUUCAUUUUGAACCAAAAAGUCACUAAGUGUCGGGGUCUAAAGGUGCAGUCCACAAACUUAUUUUUAAGCACAGUGUGACUCAGAAAAUUCUUGUGUGUGGUGAAAAAAAAAAAGGUCAAAAGAUUUUUUUUUAGAACAUUUCUUGACAGUUUUCUGUCCGAACCACUUCCCCCUCUUCAAAUUAUGGAUUGCAUCUUGUGAAGUGUUCGGGUCACGAGCCGUAUGUGCUUCAAGUCAUCUCCGGUUUACGGAGGCUUCUGAACUCUCACAUACUUGAUUUAUUUCCUUUGGAAAAAAAAUCCUGCUAAAAGUUUGUUGCACUACUGCUUUCCUGGUAUUUUGGGAAAGAGCCGCUGCUUGCGGAGUACAUAUUAAAUAAAAAUAUAGAGAAUAGAGGAAUACAUGGGCAGUGGCAUUGGAGACACAACACAUGAUGUCAGAGCCAAAAUUAUAUGAUGUGUCUUUAAUGCUGCUGCUCAUGCAUGUCUCAAUAUAUAUAUAUAUAUAAAUAUACAUAUAUAUACUUUGUUUUCACAUUAUUAUGUUCUUAUAGAUGUUUUUAAAUAGAUUUAUAUUG